CGCAUGCUCAUGAAGGAGCGGUUAAAUUCAAACUGAUCUCAGGGCUGGGAACGUCUGCAUGUUACUCCCCACUAAAGUUAACAAAAGGACCCUUAAAAAUGGAAUCCACCGAAACAUUUAAUUUCGACUUUGAUCGAGUCGGCCCAAGUAAAAGGCGGAUUUCCUCGAUUUUAAAAGCGCCCCGGACGUCUGUCAAAGUGACAGAGGCUGGUCUGAAGGAGCCACAGCAGGGGGAUAAGAGCAAACCAACUGAGAAAAGGAGGAGUUCCAGGAGAGUCAGCUUUGCUGCCACGAAAAAUGUGGUUGUUUUUUCCAAGGAUAUGACUAGUUCAUCUGAUGACCAGAGUCCUUCACCAAGUUUGACACCUACGGGAGCAGACUGUCAAGAUGCCAAAGGCAUCUAUGAUGGCAUUGACAACCUAUUAAAGGCACCCCUGCAUGAGCCCCAUCAAAGGAAGAAGAUUCAGUUCUUCUCAGAUCCAGUUCUACCAGAUGGUUGUGACGAUAAGACAGUACUGUUCGGAGAAGACACCGCAUGCAUGGACAUGACUCACUGCCAUACAAUUAUCAUUGACAAAGACUCUGAUAAAAGUGACUUGAACUUCACAAUCAAUACGGAUAUGUCAGUCAGCAGGAUCAGCAAACCUAUGAACACAAAGAAUGCCAUGCUACAGAAUGCGGAACCGGAUUUUGGCACUUUCCUUGCGAGUGUUUCUCAGCAGCAUGGAGCAGGGAAGAAUACAAGAAAUGAGAGAUCUUACACGACUAGAGAUCAGACAUUGUUGUUUGGAGAUGAUACAGCAUGCAUGGAUAUGACCAAAUGUCACACAGUUCUCAUUGAUAAUGAUUCAGGUGAAACUGAUUUAAACUUCUCAAAGAAAGCACCGAUGUCGGCAAGUGAUAUCUUUAACACUCCAAAUAAAGGCAGCAACGUACCACAAGCAAAUGUAGGAAUUCCAAAAAAGCCAGAUGCCGAUUCAGAUUUUGGAUUGUUCCUUGCAAGUUUGUCCAAGAAAAAGGGACUUGGGAAUAAUUCAAAAGAGGAAUCUUGCUCAUUUGUUGAGGUUAGUAGUGUUCCCACCCAGAAAGUGGAUUCCAAGGGCUUUCUUGCCAGUCUAAAUGCCCGACGUACAGUAAUCGACAAAGAGAACCAGCCUCCUGCUCUGUCAUACUCUGUUUCAAAACCUCAAGGCCUUCACAUUAGGACGCCAACUACCCCAUCAACUGAUGACUUCAUGGAUCUAACAAAAAGUUAUACAGUUGCAAUAGAUGGAAGAGGUUUUCUUCAAAAGCAACAAGAGGAACAGAAAGAGAAGCCAUGGGCCAUUGGACGGGGUAGCGCCAAUGCAUCCAGACUGGAUUGUGAUGGCUUGAUAGGUUCCCUGAAAUCACCUGAUCCAGAUGACAUGGACUUGACAAAGAGUCAGACCGUUGCAAUCAACUUUAAAAGAGUGGAUUUGGUGAGGUCCUCAUUGAGCAAUGGCAGGAGGGGUGAGGUGGAUCCCAACAAAACACAGAUUUUCUCUGGCGAUAACAUUGGAAUGGAGCUCUCAGGAGUCAUCAAUGUAACAGCGGAACAGGAAAAUUUCCCUGCAAAGAAGACCAUCCAGACAGAAUCUAGUUUCCCUCUUUCAAAAUCCAGGGGGGCUACUGUCCUGGAUGCCCUAUCAGUAAGUCACCCCCACAGGAUUCAUCAUUUUCAGAAUGAUCACUGGACUGUUGACCCUGCAAAUACUGAUGACAUGGAAAUGACAAAGAGCCAGACUGUGGUAAUUGACACCAAGGGCUGUGAACAGAAAAAAAUGGAUUUGAUGAGGUCCCUAUCGAGCAGUGUCAGGAGGAGUGAGGUGGAUCCCAACAAAACACAGAUUUUUUCUGGUGAUAACGUAGGAAUGGAGCUUACAGGAGUCAUUAAUGUAACUACGGAAGAGGACAAUUUCCCUGGAAAGAAGACCCUCCAGAAUGAAUCUAGGUUCCCUCUUUCAAAAUCCAGGGAGGCUACUGUCCUGGAUGCCCCAUCAAUAAGUCACCCCCACAGGAUUCAUCAUUUUCAGAAUGAUCAGUGGACUGUUGACCCAGCAAAUACUGAUGACAUGGAAAUGACAAAGAGCCAGACUGUGGUAAUUGACACCAAGAGCUGUGAGCGGAAGAAAAUGGAUUUGAUGAGGUCCCUAUCGAGCAGUGUCAGGAGGGGUGAGGUGGAUCCCAACAAAACACAGAUUUUUUCUGGUGAUAACGUAGGAAUGGAGCUUACAGGAGUCAUUAAUGUAACUACGGAAGAGGACAAUUUCCCUGGAAAGAAGACCCUCCAGAAUGAAUCUAGGUUCCCUCUUUCAAAAUCCAGGGGGGCUACUGUCCUGGAUGCCCCAUCAAUAAGUCACCCCCACAGGAUUCAUCAUUUUCAGAAUGAUCAGUGGACUGUUGACCCAGCAAAUACUGAUGACAUGGAAAUGACAAAGAGCCAGACUGUGGUAAUUGACACCAAGGGCUGUGAGCGGGAGAGGCCCAGUAAAAGACGGAAAAGUCUGGCCAUAAACAGAAGUGUUAUGUUCGCACAAAAUGAUGAAGGUAUGGAGUUCAAUAAAGGUUUUACUGGUCACAUAGAGGCAACUGAAUGUAAGAAUAGCAUUACUCUAAUGACUGAUGCGUCCCUUCCUUCUAGUCAGGCCAGCGUGUUGCAGAUAUCGACUGCAUGUGAACACACUGGAUUUACAAGCGAAAAAUCAGCUGUUAUGGAUUUCAAUCCCAGUGAAGUAUCAGAUGGCUGUAAAAGUAGUGCAAAGAAAUUCUUCCCAUUUGAGUCCUUGAUAUCUAAACCCUGUGAAUCUGAGGGAAUUACCGCAGAUCUGUCAUUUGUUACUGGCCAGAAGAACCUCUUUCCAUCUCUUGGUAUAGAUGACAUGGAGCUUACUAGCAGCAAACAUGUGUCUGCUGAUUUACAAGUGGCGACAAAGUCCAUGUCGUACAUGGCAACCAAGUCAAAACCUCAGUAUCUUUCUGGUGAAGGCAAUGACAUGAAGAUGAAGUUUGCCAGUCUACCAUCUGAUGAACAUAAUGGUGCACCACUUCAGGAGGAAGAUCCGAUCUCUUCAUGCACCGACAAAAAUGCAGAUUCAGCCAAACCGGAUCCAGUUUCUCCACCUGAUCAUACUGUCACCAAGAGAAGCGAUCCAGAAUCCCAAAAAGUAAAAUCAAGGCGGAGGAGCCUGCUAGAUCUACAGUCUAAACUGAGACGUAUCUCACAAAAUAUCAAUGAACCUGACAAAAGUGUAGUUGACCGUGCAACUUUACCAUUACCCCGUUUAGAAGUAACAGAAAAGUUUUUUGAUAAUCCUGAAAUGGUAGACACAGUGGGUUGCAGGAGCCAGACGACUGUAGAAGGGGUGUCCGAACAAAUGGAUAAUGUUGAAAGCUUCAAAAUUGCCUCCCUGGCCAACAAUGAGACUAAACCACUCACAGCCCGACUCUCGUUUGGUGGCUUUCUACCGAAAUUGCCAUCAAGACCUAAGCCAGUUCUUACUGAUCACGUUGUAUCUGAAACCUCUUACACCUUCAAAAGUAACUUUCGUGAAGGCGGCCAGGAUGCUACUUCUACUAAUCUACUUGACAACUUUGAAAUGGAUGAUAUCAAUGACGAGCAGCUUCCUGAGAUGAGUAGCGAAGAGGACAUCUCGGUAACAAUUGAUGACCAAUCUCUCAAGCAAACCCAGUGGGAAGAUAACCACUGCAGUAUGAAUUCAAAGCCAGAAGACCUGGAGGAUGAUGUCUUCUCCCCAACUCUCAAUGUCACUAAAAGCCUGAAAAGGGCGUGUCCAGAAGAUGGCCACGAUCAUGUGCCUCUCGAGAAGAGAAAACAAGAUGUCUCACCCUCUGAAGUCACGGGGUCAGCGUUCAGUAGUGUCCAGUGGGAUGCUAAUGCCACAGAAGAAGCUUCUAAUGUGAUGACAAAGACAAUAGAUGCCACUGGCUCCAGCAGCAACUCCACCUACCUUAAAUCUGAGGCCACCUUUGAGUCAACAUACAAGUACAGCCAGUGUGACUCCCAGAUUGACAGGACUUUGGAUUAUGAAUUUGAUUUUCAUAAGAAAAUUGAAGAUGGAAGCAUCACAGUGAAUGAGUUCCUGAGGCACUUUGGCAUCGACUUUGUCAUCCACAGAUCCCGCCCAAGUGCCCUCCCUGACAAUUUUUCACCUAACCCUACACCACAAUUGGAAGACUUACUGAAGGAGAUGUACAUCUACCGGCCUAAACAGAGGAUUUAUGAAGUUGACUGUGGAAAGCUUACUGAUAAGGUUGAGGGCCUCAAGUCAAGAAUGCAGCAACAAGACCAUCCCCUCAAACACAUCAAUGAGUCACUUUUGCCGGAGUUAGCAAAUCUCUCUAAGGAACAGUUACUGAGCUUUGGUUCCAAGUUGAAAGAAAGGAAGGUGUAUUUUCGAAAGAGAAGCAAAAUGAUUUCUCAUGAAAUGAAGACAGGAAUGUAUUCAGAACUUGUGCAUACAACACAGGAGGCCAAACAGAAACUUGAGGAAAAGGUGUUGGAAACAGACACAUUGCUGAAAGAUCUUGAUGCCUGUAUUCAUGACUUGGAAGCUGAACUGGCAGCUGUUGAUUGUGCCCUAAGCGUUGACCAAGUGCAUGUACAGAGUGAUGUCCAGCCAGCCCUUAAAAAGAGACAAGAAGAACUGGAACGAUUAGAUAGUGCUGUUGCUGAAAAAGAAAGGCAAAUGGUCGACAUGGAAAAUGAGAAGAAGAAAAAGGCAGAAAAAUUGGAGCGAUUACGUGAGGAGAUGAAGGAUAUAGAGAAACACACCUCUGUCCUACACAGUGUGAACGAAUGGAAGUUGAGUCUGAAAGAACACGAAAGGACUCGAUUCAGUUUUCUACAUCAGAUGCUAUUCUUGGAGGUGGUACAUCAACCGUCCAGUGGAAUGCUUGCCCCAAAAGGUGAAAUGGCACAGAAACUUUGUGACAUUUCGUUUGAUUUUCGAUUAGACGCUGAAAAAUCUAAGUGUCACACCGUAAUGGUUCAUGACCUGCUCUCCCAACUUCUCAAGUCUGGAAAGGAUUGGUUAAAGAGGUACUCCACCACUCUCGACAUUCCCAUGCUUCUACAUGAAGUGAGUCUGGUGGUGAGCCGCAUCCGACUUCUCGGUGAGGAGAUCCACCGGCUGAAGAGGUGGGGAGCGCUGAGACUGGGUGUCCUGGAGAUCAAGUGUGCAGACAGACAGGUCCAAAUCGUUUUCUCCAGCCUCAAAGCGUUUGUCAAGUUUCAGCUAACCCUGGCGAUUACCAGUGCUUACCCCUUUGGAGGGGUAGCGAUCCAGAGCUUCCAGAACUACAUUGGAAAUACAAGAGUUGACCAGAUUGAGGAUUUAGUCUCAUCCAUUGAACCAGCCAAGGGCUACUUAACCAAGAUUAUCAAGAUGAUUCAUGAUCAUAUCCUCGUCUAAAACAUAUUGAUGACCGAUAGUCCUAUAUUUGUUAUUCAAAUACUGGGAUACAUAAUAUAUAUGUUUUCAUAAUGAUUGUUUUUGUCAUAUUAUGUUGCUGUACAUGUUUUGUCUGUCAUGUGUAUUACCCCGUUAAAAAAAUUGAACAAAUGUUUGUAGAGAUAAUGUACUCGAUGUUUGUGUCCCACAAUUAACUCCGAAAUUAAGGUAUUGAAAUCUCACAGACUGGCAGCUGAGAAAACAAACACAUUCCUGACAUGUAAAUAUUUGUACAAAAUUCUGUUGUUUUGUUUGUUUGUUUUUUUCACUCACUUUGCUGUUGAUGUUUGGCAUAUUCAGAUUAAACCAUCCUUAAUAAAUGCUUAGGCUUAA